GCAAGAUCGACUAAAAACUAAAGUUAAAGUCAGAACAAGCUGAGGUUCAGUCGUCGGUCCCGCUGCAGAGAUGGAUUUCAGGGUUCGCGCUUCCACCAAAGAGGACUGCAGGGACAUAUCGAGGAUGAUCAUGGAAUUGGCGGUUUAUGAAAACAUGCCCGACCAGGUGAAGAUCUCCCACGAAGAGCUGGAGCGAGAUGGCUUCUGCCAGAAUCCUUUCUUCGAAUGCCUCGUUGCAGAAGUGCCCGAGGAGCACAAAUCUAAAGACGGACAUACAGUUGUAGGAUACGCCUUGUAUUUCUACACCUACAGUACGUGGAGGGGCCGGUGCAUUUAUCUGGAGGACCUGUACGUGAUGCAAGAAUUCCGAGGAAAAGGAAUCGGCAAGAGUUUGCUCUCCAAAGUUGCUGCGGUGGGGAAGGAGAAGCAGUGCGCGCGUCUGAAUCUGUCGGUGUUGGACUGGAAUACUCCAUCUCGAGACUUCUAUGCCGCUAAAGGGGCUCAGGACCUGACUGACAGCGAGGGCUGGCACUUCAUCCGCUUUGAUGGAAAAAAUCUGGACAGUUUAGCAAAUGAAGCUCCCAAAGACUAGGAGGUGGCCAAGAAAGGAAGAGCACUUUAUCCUGUUCAGUAAUUUCGCAUUUAUCAUUCUUUUAAAAGAUCUCACUACAAACCUUGUUUCUCUUUCCCACAGUUCAACUCUAACUCUGAUUUUACAGUUAUAUAUAGAACAAUUGAUGUAAACUUCUUUCCUUCAAACCUUGUUUCUACAUGUUAGUUUUUCAGAUUGCAGGCACUAUUAAAGUUUUGUGUAUUGAAUUAUUUGUCAAACUAUUUGAAGUCUUCACCCAUAACAUCCAGCAGGUGGCGGUUUAGCCUCUGCUACAGAAGGCGCACUAGUAGCACAUAGAAGCUGGUCAGCUGAAUCUUUUGGAAAUACUGCAUGUUUGAUGAGUUUCAUGUAAGAUGAAAACUGCACAUGAAAACAUUCAACUCCAUAUUCAUGUGUGGAAACUUUGCACCAAACUUUGAAAACUAGGGAGAUGGCAGUAAUGAGCUCAAUCGGGACUUUGUAGACUUCUCUUGCAUUUUCCGAAGUUCAUUUCUCUGAAUUCGUGCGAUGUUAAAAAUGUAGUCUUUGCACAUGCCUCUAAGUUUUUAUGCUUGAUAUUUAUUUUCAAAUGAGAUUGAAUCAGUAGCACAUUCAGGCAUUUUUUUUUAAAGCUACAAGUUUUA